AUGCCUACUGAGUCGCAGACAACAAGCCGUCCUGCCGCAACCCAGGGCGGAAACGAAGGCCUGGGCCAUGUCGAUAUGGAUCGCCCUGCCGAUACAAUCUACGGUUUCCACAGCUUGAAACAACAGAAGAACGCCGCUGAAGACAAGUACACCAGCCGCGCCAUGGGCUCUGCGGAACAGGAGCCACUAGAGGGUGACAAAGAGGAUACAAGCUUUAUGAAUCAUAAGCCUGGCGGGGCGGGGACGCUGCCGGGUUAUAUUAGUUCUAUUGGGGAUUGA